AACAUAUCCUUUCCAUCGCCACACACGUUUUCACCACCACAAGCCCCGUUCUCCCCAUCAAAACAUCCGCCGCCGCCGCCACCACAUACGCUUACUUAUUUCACAGCCUUUAAAGUUACUAAUUGCUCGCUGCUCGACCUGUGACUACUCAGCGUCAACCUUAUCUCAAAAUGUCACUCCCUCCCGCAAUCCUUCAACACGGCAACUCUACCGCCGGCACCUCUGCCCAUAUCGCCCUCGCCGACGGUCCAGCCACAGUUAAUGACAGUACAGUUACCCUUCCAUCCUCUCAGGAUCCAACCUCACCGUCGGCCUCCACCCCAAACCUCAUUCACAACUCCACUUCCCGAGUCUCAAUGCAGCUUCCGGAGCAUCCCCCGUCCCAUCAACGAUCCCACUCUGGCUCUGCUGGCUAUGCAAACACCACAAAUCUCCCAAGUGCAAUGUCACACCAUGGUCAGUUCCCUAGGACAAGGACGAACUCGAGUGGGCAACAGGACGGCAAGUACAGGAGGAAAGUUGGAUUUGAAGCAUUCGAAGCGGGGCCUGGAGCCUUAUUUGCUUUCACGUGCCAAUCCAAAAGUGGUGGCUAUAAACGAUCCCGCAACACUCGAGUGUUUGCCGUGGCUGUUUCUCCGGAUGAAUCGGGCGAAACGGCUUUGGAAUGGCUCAUGAGUGAAUUAGUGGAGGAUGGUGACGAAGUGGUAGCUAUCAGAGUCAUUGAAAUUGAUGAAGGAGAGAGACAUUCCGAAAAGGCACAAGAAGAGUUCAGGGAAGAAGCACAGGCUUUGCUUAAGACUGUCUUGGAAAAAAAUGAUGAAAUUGAUGAUCUCCGAAGAAUUUCUGUCAUUGUCGAGUUCGUUGCCGGUAAAUCAACAACCACUUUGCUCAAAAUGAUCGCUCUUUAUAGGCCCGACUCUUUGGUUGUUGGUACCAGGGCUCAACGCUCAAGGUUACAAUCCUGGGGUAAAGCUCUUGGCGCCCCUGGUAUGGGUUCCGUCUCUCGAUUUUGUGUCUCACACUCCCCAGUUCCCGUCAUUGUCGUCCGUCCCGAACGUAAAGUUAAGAAACAUCUCAAAAAGCGACAAAAUGAUCCUAAGCGAGGGCAGUACGCUGCCAUCGUCGGCCCUGAUGGCUUGACAUUGAGUAGGAGUAGGAGUAGGGAAAGGAGUACCGGUGGAAGUGCUAUGAGUGCGGGAGGAAUGAGCGAAUGAUCUGUUUCUAGAGAGCGUUGGGUUUUGGGCAAUCAGUUGUACAAUUAUACAAAUAUGAAUCUAAUUUUGCUU